GCUGUAGUCGAUAGUGCCCAACAGUGCCAUCACUAGCCGCUAAAGUGGCAAUAUUCACUUCGGUUUCUACUUUAGCAUAAACAAAUUUAAUUCUGUCUCCAUGGAGAAGGUGGAGGCGGUAACAGUGCCCAAUGUAGAUCCCUAUCGGCGGAUCCUAAACAAGGCUGUGUCCCAGCUGCUGGUGGACAAGGGCGCCGGCCAGGCGAGCAACCAAAGCCUGGAGACGCUAACCCAGAUGCUGCAGGCGUUGCUCUGGGAGAUCGGCAACUCGGCGCAUAACUACUGCGAGCUGAGUGGACGCACCAUGCCCACCGUGGGCGAUGUCAGUUUGGCCCUGAUCAACAUGGGCAUCUCGAUCUCCAAUUUGGAUCCGUACAUGCGCAAGGAGACGCACGUGCCCAUUCCUUUGCCGCCACAGCAGACGCAGCAGCGCCCGCUGAGCCUGCUGCAAGCGGGCAUCAAGGCCCCGCAUCCCCACUAUGUGCCCAGCUACUUUCCGCCCAUGCCGGAUCCGCACGCCUACAUACGGACGCCGACGCACAAGCAGCCGGUUACAGAGUACGAGGCCAUCAGGGAGAAGGCCGCUUGCCAGAAGCGGGACAUCGAAAAGGCGCUCACAAAGUUCCUCUGCAAGACCACGGAGACGAACAAUCUCUUUCCCACCGAGGACAACAUGUUUCCUUUAAUUGCCUGCAAACCGGCCUUUCCUCCCUAUGCAGCCGCUUUAAAUCCCACAGAUCAGGUGUUCGACUUCGAGGAGCUGGAGUACCACUAUCUGGUGGCCAAUCGCACAGAAGAUGAGCCCAGCAAAGAUGAGGGCGAAGAGGGCGAUAGCGAGAACGAGGAGAUGGAUGGCGACAAGUCCAAGGAGGAGAAGCCCGAGAUAGAUAUCAAGCCCAAUUCCAACACGAACAAGGCCAUUUUGGACAACCCCAACAUCGAUAAUCCCUAUUUGCGGGCGGCUACUCUGCCCAAGCGAUCCAAAAAUUGCCCAACACCCGGAACCAUGCCCAGCAGGAGUCUGGCCACCACGGCGCCAACGAUACGAACGCCCUCCACUCUGGAGAUAACCAAAACUAGCCUUCAAGAGUAGCAAGCGUUUUUAAUUAUGGUUAGAAAAUGUAAACACUGCUCUUUUUUUUGUACAACUUUCAACAAUUGCACUCGUAUUGUGCAUUCAGAAAAUUUAUAAUGUAGUUUUAGGUUCAAAUAGUAGGACUAAUAUAUUUUCUAUUAUACUUA